GUAAAGGAAGGGGGGGCUCAUCCCGGCAUCCUGAGGGGAGGUAAUUUGCACGGAUCAAGGGGGCAAGGCGCCGUAAAGUAUAAAUACUGUGACUUCAAUAGAGGAUCACCAGCAGGUUCCCUAACUCCGCUAUACCAAAGGAGGAGGAAUUGGCUGAGAAGAUAUUUAUAUUUAUAUAUAUAUAUUCCACCUUCAUCCACAGUUUGGCUCGCAUGCAUCUGGUAUCAUUUUCAACGAGCCACACCAUUGAUGUCUUAAGCAGCGAAGGGGGAGAGUGUGUGUGAGAGAGGGAGUGAGUGUAUGGUGUUUUUUCCAAGAGGAGAGGAAGCAGUGAUGGAAGAGCUCACCGCUUUCGUAUCCAAGUCCUUCGAUCAGAAAGUGAAGGAGAAGAAGGAAGUGAUAACCUACAGGGAGGUGUUGGAGACCGGGGCGGCGCGAGCAGGGAGCCGGGAGUCUUUAUCCGCGGAGCCCGGGAGCCGAGAGGAGGCGGCCGCGGUCGCCCGGAACGUGGCUCUAUCACCGGGCAGGGAGACGGACAUGCUCGGGCCGGAGAGGAUCAGGGACGCGGGGAGUCCCAAACUCAUUGACGGCACCACGGACGUGAAGGAGCGGAAAGAGGACUCGAAGCCCAUCGAGGAUGAAACGCAAACAAAGAUCAAGCAAAGGAGAAGUCGGACUAACUUCACGUUGGAGCAGCUCAACGAGCUGGAGCGGCUCUUUGACGAAACCCACUACCCGGACGCCUUCAUGCGGGAGGAGCUGAGCCAGAGACUGGGACUGUCAGAGGCCCGAGUGCAGGUUUGGUUCCAGAACAGAAGAGCCAAAUGCAGGAAGCAGGAGAACCAGUUACAUAAAGGAGUCCUGAUUGGAGCAGCGAAUCAGUUUGAAGCUUGUCGUGUAGCGCCAUAUGUCAACGUGGGGGCUUUACGAAUGCCAUUCCAACAGGAUAGUCAUUGCAACGUGCCGCCCUUCUCCUUUCAGGUGCAGGCGCAGCUGCAGCUGGACAGCGCCGUGGCUCACGCGCAGCACCACCUGCACUCUCACCUGGCGGCGCACGCGCCCUACAUGAUGUUCCCCGCGCCGCCUUUCGGGUUGCCCCUGGCGACGCUCGCGGCGGAGUCGGCCUCCGCCGCCUCAGUGGUGGCCGCCGCCGCUGCGGCCAAGAAUACGAGCAAGAACUCGAGCAUCGCUGACCUGAGACUGAAGGCCAAAAAACACACGGCGGCGUUGGGACUGUGACGGCGACGACGCGAGGCGACUGAGGAGACACUGAACCAAAACUGCUUACAACGUGAGGGGAGGGGAGGGGCGAGAAAAAGUAUGGACGGACGUAAUUUAUGUUUUCUCAAUGAAGGAGGACGAGUAUAAUUAUAAAAUAUAGGCUAUUUAUGAAAUACAACGAGGAAGACUGUGACGUGAUAGCCUACACGGAAGCCUAAAGAGGCGGACGGGGUGGACGGCGACGCGGGGACAGACACCCCGGCGAGGAAGAGGAGGAGGAGGAGGAGGAUGCAGCUGGGUCGGUCGAUUCUUUGUCAAACAAGGCGAACCAUUCUGCAAUUUUUCCUGUUUAAAUAUUGUAUUCUUGUUGUUAUGAUUUCUUUUCGAUUCUACAUAGAGGCUGGCCUCAUAAUAUUUCAAAAGAAACUGGGGAGCAAAAAAAAGGAACAACUAAAAAAACAAAACCCCUCUGCUAAAGUAGCGGAUAUUCUUUGUCAAAAAGAGGGAACAUAUUUCUCCCUCCACUGUUUCUUGUCCAGUUUGAAAAUGCCUCUGCAGUGUUUGCAUGAGUUCGUGAGCCAUCUACCUACCCCACGUUCCCCCCCAAACUCCUGUCAGCUCUUAUCCUCUGUCCUCCCCUCUCAAUUGAAGGUUUGGCCUUCCUGACCUUGAUUAGACCUCCCAUGGCUGAAGGUGAAACGGACUCCACGCCAGAAAUGUGAGAUUAUAAAACAAGACGAGCGUUUUUAAAAAAAAAAAAAAAAAAAAAAUCAUCAUAUGAGCCAGUGUCCAUAUAUUUAGCCUACAAGGUGAUUUGCGACUUCCCCCACCGUACACACUUUCCCCCUCUUUUUAUUUAUUUUUUAUUUUUUUAAAGGAAGGCAAAUCUCAUAAGCAAAUACCAUCUCUAACACAGUAUGCGAACCGGUACGGGCACAUGUAAAAUAUGUUUAUACUCAAGAAGGAGAAAAAAAAAAACAAAAAAACAUGCAUUAUUUUUUAUGAUUUAGUGGCUUUAUGAAUGCCUCGUUGGGGAUUUGUUAAUUUUGUGUUAUUUUCCCGUGCAUUAAAAAUCAUGUGCUUUCUGUAUGUAAUUUUGGAUGUUUCUUUUCUUUUUUAUAACAGUGAACAUGAACUCACCAAACGCACGGGGUUUUUAAAGGGGUUGGGAGAAAGAAUGACCAUAAAAUAAUUUUUAUUUUUUUCCCCCCAUCACCUGUGAAACGUGAAACCACCUUAACGAAAAGUUGACUUUUUUUUUUUUUUGGUUCUUAUAAUAAAUUAACAAAGUUUCUUUAAUGA